AUAAGCCUUUAUAAAGCAGUGAAGGCGGUUCCUCCCUUCCCUGGCAGAGACUGAUAAACUCAGCACUUGCCGGAGUGGCUCAUUGUUAAGACAAAGAGUGUGCACUUCCCGGCCAGGAAACCUGAGCGGUGAGACUCCCAGCUGCCUACAUCAAGGCCCCAGGACAUGCAGAACCUUCCUCUAGAACCCGACCCACCGCCAUGAGGUCCUGCCUGUGGAGAUGCAGGCACCUGAGCCAAGGCAUCCAGUGGUCCUUGCUCCUGGCUCUCCUGGUCUUCUUUCUCUUCGCCUUGCCCUCCUUUAUUAAGGAACCUCAAACAAAGCCUUCCAGGAUGGUAUUAAGGGCUCUAGGACAUCUGAUGCCGUGCCAAGGCAUGAGAGUGGGUCGCUGACUCUUAGCUAUUGAGUCGCUGCUGAAACAGUCAUUGUUCCUGCCGCUUGGCUCUUGCAGGUCCACCUGGCUUAUAUGCAUCAACGCACAGAGAACAUUAAAGAAAGGUCUCCACAGUCCCUGGCAAAGCCUAAGUCCCAGGCACCUGCAAGAGCAAGGAGGACAACCAUGUAUGCAAAGCCAGUGCCAGAGAACAAUACCCUCAACAUACAAACCCAGCCCAAAGCCCACGCCACCGGAGACACAGGAAAGGAGGCCAACCAGACAGCACCGGAGGAGCAGGACAAGGCGCCCGACACAGCACAGACGGCAGCAUGGAAGAGCCCAGAAAAAGAGAAAACCACAGUGAAGACACUGUCACCCAGAGGGCAAGAAUCAGGCACGGCCUCUGGCAGGACAGAGGCACAGUCAUGGAAGAGCCAGGACACAAAGACGACCCAAGGAAAUGGAGGCCAGACCAGGAAGCUGACGGCCACCAGGACAGUGUCGGUGAAGCACCAGGGCAAAGCGGCGACCACGGCCAAGACGCUCAUUCCCAAAAGUCGGCCGCUUAUGCUGGCCCCCACAGGAGCAGUGUCAACAAGGACAAGACAGAAAGGAGUGACCACGGCAGUCAUCCCACCCAAGGAGAAGAAAGCUCAGGUCACCCCACCCCCUUCCCCUUUCCAGAGCCCCACGACGCACAGAAACCAAAGCCUGAAGGCUGCCAACUUCAAGUCUGAGCCUCGGUGGGAUUUUGAGGAAAAAUACAGCUUCGAAAUAGGAGGCCUUCAGACGACUUGCCCUGACUCCGUGAAGAUCAAAGCCUCCAGGUCGCUGUGGCUCCAGAAACUCUUUCUGCCCAACCUUACUCUCUUCCUGGACUCCAGACACUUCAACCGGAGUGAGUGGGACCGCCUGGAACACUUUGCACCACCCUUUGGCUUCAUGGAGCUCAACUACUCCUUGGUGCAGAAGGUCGUGACACACUUCCCUCCAGUGCCCCAGCAGCAGCUGCUCCUGGCCAGCCUUCCCACUAGGAGCCGCCGGUGCAUCACCUGUGCCGUGGUGGGCAACGGGGGCAUCCUGAACAACUCCCGCAUGGGCCAGGAGAUAGACAGUCAUGACUACGUGUUCCGAUUGAGCGGAGCUCUCAUUAAAGGCUACGAACAGGAUGUGGGGACUCGGACAUCCUUCUACGGCUUUACUGCCUUCUCCCUGACCCAGUCACUCCUUAUAUUGGGCAAUAGGGGUUUCAAGAACGUGCCUCUGGGGAAGGACGUCCGCUACUUGCACUUCCUGGAAGGCACCCGGGACUAUGAGUGGCUGGAAGCGCUGCUUAUGAAUCAGACGGUGACGUCAAAAAACCUUUUCUGGUUCAGGCACAGACCCCAGGAAGCUUUUCGGGAAGCCCUGCACAUGGACAGGUACCUGUUGCUGCACCCAGACUUUCUCCGAUACAUGAAGAACAGGUUUCUGAGGUCUAAGACCCUGGAUGGUGCCCACUGGAGGAUAUACCGCCCCACCACUGGAGCCCUCUUGCUGCUCACUGCCCUUCAGCUCUGUGACCAGGUGAGUGCCUAUGGCUUCAUCACCGAGGGCCACGAGCGCUUUUCUGAUCACUACUAUGAUACAUCAUGGAAGCGGCUGAUCUUUUACAUAAAUCAUGACUUCAAGCUGGAGAGAGAAGUCUGGAAGCGGCUACACGAUGAAGGGAUAAUCUGGCUAUACCAGCGUCCCGGUCCUGGAACUACCAAAGCCAAGAACUGACCGGGGCCUGGGCUGCCGUGGUCUCCUUGCCCGCUCCAAGGCACAGGAUACAGUGGGACUCUUGAGACUCUUUGAUCAUUUCCCAGGGCUCAGACCAAGCUCCAAGCCCUUCAGGAGUUCCAAGGGAACACAGCUCUCUCAAGAUGGCAAAUGGCUAAGUAAGGUUCUGAAGUUCUUCAGUACACGGCUGUCGGUCCUGGUGCAGAUUCCUGAGGCCAGGGAUUUUUAACAGAAUGGGGUGAUGAGUGGUGAAUACCACAAUUCCUGGUGAAAAACACUCUUCCAGCCCAAAAGCUUCUUGAUGCAGAGAAAAGAGCCUGGAUUUACAGAAACAUAUAGAUCUAGUUUGAAUUCCAGAUCAAGUUUGCAGUUGUGAAAUCUUGAAGGUAUUACUUAACUUCACUACAGAUUGUCUAGAAGACCUUUCUAGGGGUUAUCUGAUUCUAGAAGGGUCUAUACCUGUCCUUGUCUUUAAGCUAUUUGACAGCUCUACGUGUUGUAGAAAACUGAUAAUAAUACAAAUGAUUGUUGUCAAUGGAAAUGCAAAUAAAUUUUGUACAGUGAAGAUGCA